UCACUCUCCCAACAGAUGUCUGACGUAACCACUAUAACUCUGCUGGAAAUAACAUUACCAGCCAACGCCAUGAUUGAGCAAGUCUACAAAUCAAUUCAUGUCAAUCCAUCUUAUCCCAUCUCCAACACAAUCUCGUCAUUCCCUAUCUGGCCUAUCAAACCAAACGCGGGGAAGAAAUACAAGCACAAAGUGGGACAUCAAGCGCCGACUGUCGGACUUUCCGACUUCUCCGCAAAAGUCACCGGCCAUUGACCGACGGGCGAUAAAUUGAUUACCCGUCCCCCCAUUUCCUCCCCUCUGCGAUACGAUUGUCUCUUUGUUCCUUUCAGAUUUCAUUCUUUUGAAUCAAUCUGUCGGAGCAGCUCAUCGCUAUGGCAGCUUCCAUCAGGGCCAAUUGCCGAAAGGUCAUCUGCAUUGGCAGAAACUAUGCCGAUCACAUCACAGAGCUCAACAGCGCUAAGCCCAAGCAACCGUUUUUCUUCCUGAAGCCGGCUUCGUCCAUCCUUAUCCCCGGCGAGGGCCCCGUGUUGCGUCCUCAAGGAACCAAGCUGCACUAUGAGGUGGAAUUGGGUCUGGUGAUGGGCAAGACCCUCCGGGACUUGGAUCCCAACGAUUCUAAGGGAGCUUUGGAUGCUAUCAGAAGCUACCUCCUCACAAUCGACAUGACCGCGCGCAAUGUCCAAGACGAGGCUAAGAAGAAGGGUCUUCCCUGGUCUAUCGCCAAGGGUUUCGAUACCUUCCUGCCCAUCUCUCAGGAAAUUGCCAAGUCGCGCAUUCCCAACCCCCACGAUGCGUUCCUGCGCCUGAGCGUUAGCUCGCAAUUGCGCCAGGCGGAUUCGACAAGCUUGAUGCUGUACCAGAUUCCCCGCCAGCUGGCUGAGAUCUCUCGCGUUAUGACCUUGGAGCAGGGUGAUAUUGUCUUGACCGGUACACCCAAGGGUGUUGGAGAGGUGAAGGCAGGCGAUGUCAUGAAGGCCUCGAUUGAAGUUGGUGGAAAGGUUCUCGAGGAAGGAAACAUUGAUGUUGAGGUCAAGGACCGAGAGGGCAGAUAUGUGUACAGCGAGACUUGAUUGAUUGCAUAUAACUUAGGUACAGUGUUAAGUACAUACAUACCCUACAACACUGAUGGUUUUUCACGCGUCAUUCGAUAUUUCAAGCUAUUAGAUAGGAUGACAAUUCUUCAGACAACAUACCUAUCGACAUGCACUUAGAUCAGGUCAUCUUCAUCAUCUGCUGGAACGAUAGGGAUAAAUCGCCUUCUCUUUCUUUGUCUGGGUUUCACUGCUGUGCCGUUUGUCGUAGCAUGCACAGUCCCUGCUUCGGCGGACUGGAUAUCGAACGUUUUCCUUUCCUGUUCUCUAACCAUACCUCGCAGAAGCGCUGCCAAAACAUCCCACGACCAUCCAGCGUCAUCCAUUUG